AUGGCUCCGGGAACAGGUAGAACUUACCUUAGUACAGACACAAUAGUUCCUUACACCGGAGACCAUGGAGAUACCGAAAUUCUAUAUUCAACUGAAUAUCUCAAUCUUAUAAGCUUCAAUGGACUACCACCACAUCGCUUAGAACUGAAAGUUAACACACCAGUAAUGUUGUUACGAAACGUAAACCAAACAGAAGGCUUAUGCAAUGGAACUCGACUUUUGAUAACACAACUACUUCCUAGAGUUAUUGAGGCCCAAAUAAUGACAGGAACGACAAUCGGUCACCGUGUUUACAUCCCAGUAUAA